CUCAUGCUUCUAACCAUUUUGCCUAUUUCAUGGCUAUUCCCUAUUUCUAUGAGAACAAAUAGGCUAAAUAAAUUGAAUAAUAGAUUAUAGUAUGUAAAAAAAAAAAAAGGGAAUGGGAGAAUAGAGGUUGAGCGAGGAGAGGAAAAAUGGUACAGAGAGUGGGCCCCUGGUGCCCCAGUCCAACACUGGCUGCAGAUGAUAGUAAUCCUGAUACUCCUGCCAAAGUUUGCUGUAUCCUGAUGGUCUGCUCCCAAUGUCCCACUUGUAGAACCCAUUGUCCUGGUCCUGUGUGAUAUCUCUCUGUCCUGUGCUCCAUGAAUAGCUGUGGGGCAUAAACACAGAACAGAAUAUACCCACAGGAGGUGCCGCCAUACUCACUCCCUGACUUCAUCCCAUGUCACCAGACCAACUUGCUGCUGAGCUGAUCAUCUGUCUCCUUCUUCAUCUCCCUCCAUGCUGAACUCCUCUAUUCUGCUGGCUGUCUCCCACUUGCCUGCACCACCUCUCUGACCCCUCCUCUGUGCUGCACUUGCUGGGGAAGCACUUGUGCUGCAUCUCCUGCUCCAUGGGAUGCUGGCCAGAGAGCAGCCAUUGAGGGGGAUGGGACGUUCUUGUGCCAGUCGCACCUUCUGAAGGUGGAAUGUUAAUGGGCUACCGGCUGCUGCUCAACCCUCUGCCUGUGCUGAAAUCAGAGCCUGAAGCUCCUAUAAUAUCGCCAGAGGAAGAAACUCUCUCUCCUCUAUUUUCUCCACAAAAUGGAUGCAUUUCCUGUCACUGAGUAAUUCAAAUUCCCCACUAGCUCCAGCUCCACCCGCUUUACUACGUCUACUAAUCCCUCUAAACGUUUAACCCCUCAGAAGCCAGGAUUGUGCAGCCCAGGAUUGUAACCCUGCCCAUGCAAUAAAGCUGUCAGUCAGUCUCUGCUGGAUAUCAGCUAAACCCCUGCUACCACAAAGUCCUCCUGUGUAUCAUUAAGUGUGGGAGGCACAUGUAGUAAAGCAGGGGCUAAAUAAAAGCUGCAGUGCUGUGUAAAUAGAGGGGAAGCCCUCUUGAGUGCGCUGGCCUGCAUCCCCCUUUCUAAUAAUAAAAAAAAAGAAAUUAUCUGGAGAGAGAGAGUGACUGAGGAGGUGGUGGGGGAGAGAGCAAAUCGCGCUGCAGCCAAUGAAAGGCAAGUCUCCGGCUGUGACAUAUGCAGCAGUAGCAGCAGCAGAGAAGCUGGAGAGCGAGUAGGGAAAAGAAAGAUGGCAAUGUCUCUCAUCCAAACAUGCCGCAGCCUCGCUCUCUCCACCUGGCUGCUGUCCUUCUGCUUCGUACAUCUGCUGUGCCUGGACUUCACGGUGGCCGAGAAGGAGGAGUGGUACACAGCGUUCGUCAACAUCACCUACACGGAGCCGCUGAGCCACCAGUGGAGGACGGAGAAGAGUGAGUGCGGGAGGUACGGGGAGCAGUCUCUCAAACAGGAUGCCUGGGGCUUGGCGGUGCUUCCCUCUUCCCAGCAGGACAGACUGGCCUGUGACCCGGCCACCAAGUUCUCAGUGCCGGCUAAUGGCAGCCGAUGGGUCGCACUUAUUCCCAAGGGGAACUGCACAUACAGGGAUAAAAUAAAGCAUGCCGCCUUACAGAACGCUUCUGCUGUGCUCAUUUAUAACGUGGGCUCCAGUAAUGCCAAUGAAACCAUCACCAUGCCACAUCCAGGCACUGACGAUAUUGUAGCAAUAAUGAUUCCAGAGCCUAAAGGAAGAGAAAUAGCGAGCUUACUGGAGAGGAACAUUAAUGUGACAAUAUACAUCACAAUUGGGACGCGGAACUUACAAAAAUAUGUUAGUCGGACGUCAGUGGUAUUUGUUUCCAUAUCCUUCAUUGUCCUGAUGAUCAUUUCUCUUGCUUGGCUUGUGUUCUACUACAUCCAGAGAUUUAGAUAUGCCAACGCACGAGAUAGGAACCAGAGGCGGCUUGGAGAUGCUGCUAAGAAAGCCAUCAGCAAAUUGCAAGUCAGAACCAUCAAGAAAGGUGAUAAGGAGACCGAGCCAGAGUUUGAUAACUGUGCCGUUUGCAUUGAAGGUUACAAGCCCAAUGAUGUUGUCCGAAUCUUACCAUGCCGACACCUUUUUCAUAAGUCUUGUGUGGAUCCCUGGCUUUUAGAUCAUCGCACGUGUCCAAUGUGCAAAAUGAAUAUCCUCAAAGCUUUAGGAAUUCCGCCAAAUGCAGACUGCUUAGAUGAUAUCCCUCCUGACUUUGAAGGGUCUGUUGGGCCACCCACCAAUCAAAUUACAGGAGCCAGUGAUGUGACUGUGAAUGAGAGUUCAGUAGGAAUAGACCCCUCAGUCCGCACUGUAGGAGUACUACAAGUCAUCCAAGAUGCAGAAUCUCUACCGCAGGUUGGGGAAGUCAGCUAUAUAGCAAACAGUGAACAAUUGCCAGCUGUCAGCAGCGACUCAGACAUCUCCUUAAUCAUGGCAGUAGAUGUGGGGCUUUCAGAUGUGGAUCUUUCUACUGACCAGGACUGUGAUGAGUCAAAAUCAUGAGCUGGAGCAUUGUUGCUGUCUGUAGGAAAGUAAUAGGAGAAGAGGACAAAAGACCAGCUCUCCUGGAGUUUGGACAAAUCCAAAAAUUAUAAACCAAUCACCACCACCAUAAAUCUCCAGCGCACUCCAUCCUGGUCUGAUCAUGAAAAGCAAUAGCGCCCAAUGCCUGCUAUGUGCUGCACAGUUUCUUCCCGUUGGGCUCCCAGUUGUGUUGAACAGAGAGCAGAGAGCUCCUUGGUUCCUCACCUGUGCAAGGCUUCCGGAUGCAGGCUUCCCUGGUGUGGAUGGUAGAACAAAUGGAACACAAAUGAAAUCUAUGAUGCUGUUAAAAAGAGAGAGCAUAAAAUGAUAUAUUUUUAUUGUAUCCAGUUUAAUCAGUAUAUUCAGUACCCCUGGCUUUUCAUUGUUUGGCAAGUAGAGAGGUCAUAAGUCAAUACUGUGCACUUAGCUAAAGAAAGCUAUGGGCAGACUUCCCAGAUGCACUCAAGAUGAAAAUGUCAUUUAAUAACACUGCCCAGCUGCAUGUUGAACUGCCAUUCUCCACUGACUACACACAGAAAGUUUGCUAUUUCUCUGUGUUCUCUGUUUCCCUGUGUUCAGUUAUUUUGCUAGGAGAAUCAAUUGUAUAAAAUAUGAAUAUCUUCCAAACUUUUACACUGUCAGAGGAUGCCUAUAAAUUAGGGGAAAUUACAAAAGAUACAGUACAAAGAAAACUAGAUUUCUGCCCAGUCCCUUCAUUCAUACCCACUCCAGAUGAAAAGGAAGAGUUGGUGUUCUUAGUAAACAGUAGAAAGGAUUCAUAUACAAUGCACAGUUUCCUUCCAAACUGUGUAUAUAUGGAGUGUUGCCAGAUAAUGCCAUUUCAGUGUGACCAUCAUUUACACAGGUAAAUAGGACAAUAAAAGAAAUGGCUACUGUAUGAAGGUAAACAUUAGAUAAACACAACAGGACUAAAUGUCAUGUGGACCUUUGAUUAAACAUAUCAAUAUUGUAAACACCAAGCCUAUACCCACAGGGCCACCAUC